CGUGUUCGCUCACAGGCGUGUCUAUUUUGUCUUUGCUGUCGAAUCUGCUGCGAAAGCUUAUCUUUCGACCAUAAAUCUUGAGCUUCGUUGAUGGUUUUGUUUUAUUUACCAUAUCUUUGUGGUUCCACCGUACGAAAUAAGAGGACUUCACUGCAUGGGUCCUAUCUGCUGAAAGCAUCAUGGCAUCGGCCCUUACAAGGGUCGGUUUGCCAACUAGAAGACGGCACACGCCUGCGAACGUCAUUUUGGGCGCGCAGGAGACCACGGGAGAGGAUGAAAAGCCCCUGGGCAACAAAAUCCGGGAGUUCUCCGAGGACUGGGAUGAGAUAGAGGAUGUGGGCGACUUCUUUGUCGACAGGCUAUGGCCGCAGCUGGAGUCGGACUACCAAGACAUGCUCGUUGAAGCAAAGAGAUUUCUGCUGCUUCAGCUGAGCAAGGACAGAAACGUGUCAGGUGUGGCUAGUUUUGUCCGAGCGCGAGUGAAGACAGCCGAAUCAAUCCGCAAGUCUAUACAAAGACGAAGCACGAACGGUAAUAUCGUUAAGCCUGCGGAUAUUUUCUUCCACGUCCAUGACCUUGUGGGAUUACAGGUCAUUGUUGACACUCGAGGGAACGUUCUGAAAAUGACCGACUUUGUGGCAGAUUGCUUCCAAAAGGUACCAGGGAAAGAUGUCGUCCGUCACGAGCUGCUCAGAUACGAUUCUACAGAGGGAAUGUCUGAGUUCGGUGCCUACGAAGCCUACAAUCAUCACGUUCAUCUCCCAGAUGGCUACGAGGUCUCCCGCUUCACCAAUGUCAUGCUUGAGAUUCAGAUUACAACCGUCGGCGAAGCUCUCUUCAAUAUUCUUGAUCAUGAUAUAAAUUACAAAGGCUGUGCUGGCCCUCUUUCAGCUGAGCAACGGGCAUGGCUGGACUCUCUCAAAAGUGCCGCCAAGCAAGUCGGCCUAGCUAUGGCACAACUUACAGGCCGAGGUCAUCAGGAGAGCAAGCUGGGAGAAAUAUACCAGCUUAUGUGCAAGAUGGCUAGUGGUUUGAAAGAGAAGCCACGGUCCAAUUUGCUCAGAAGCUCAUUUACCGAUGAGCUCCGAUCCCUCGUCCCAGAUGGACAUGGAGCUAGUGAAAAGGAGCGUGAGAAACUUGUUCAAAGCUUCAGGUUUCCCGACUUGAAUAGGCGUCGCAACAUGAUAUCUGAGACCUGCCCAGAGACCUACCAGUGGAUCUUCAAGCGAGCGGAUCAAAUAAAGGCACAAGAAAUGACGGAUGUAUAUUCCGAGUCUCCAUGCUGGCCCAGCUUCAGUGACUGGAUCAAGUCAGAGACUUGCUUCUUCUGGAUCAGUGGGAAAGCAGGCUCUGGAAAAAGCACUUUAAUGAACUUUAUACUGAAAAGCACCCGCACUAGGGAGCUGCUCGAUCAAUGGAAGUCUGGUGCUGUCAUUAUAUCUCACUUCUUUUGGAGAGCUGGCAGUACCUUGGAAAAUUCUCUAAUGGGGAUGUUUUGCUCUUUGGUGUACCAACUGGCUGACCAAAACACAUAUGUACAAAAUUUGAUUAUGGCCCGGGUCUCGAACUGGAAGAAGCAGCAAAAUCCCUCCGACUGGAAUCCAGGAGAGCUCUCAUCAUUGCUUGAUACAAUUUUCACCAAAUCACCAUGCCCAAUUUUUGUCUUAAUCGACGGUCUGGAUGAAAUCUCUGAGAGAAAGGAUCGCUUGGAUCUUAUGAAAGCGUUAGAGCGCUUCCGAGGACUUCGCAACGUCAAAGUUUGUGUGUCGAGCAGGCCGGAACGGUUUUUCGAAGAGAGUUUCAAGAAUGAACAGCAGCUGAGAUUACAUGAUCUCACAAAAGGGGACAUGGAGAAAGAAGCGUCGGAAAUUCUUAAAGACUGGUCUAAGAAAUAUGAAGAGCAAAAGGUUGCAGACCUCAGAAAAACACUAGUAUGCAAGGCUGAAGGGGUCUUCCUUUGGCUGCAUCUGGCUGGUUUGAGGCUGAAAGAGGGUUUCCAUCGGGGUGACACUAUGAGCGAGCUUGAGCAGCUCCUGAAGGCUCUUCCUGUUGAGCUGCACGGGCUUUACGAGGAGAUGUGGCUCCGUGUCAACGAAGACAAAAAGUCAAAACAAAUUGGAGCGCAUUAUAUUAACAUUAUGGUUCAGUGGAACCAUAUCGAAAACAUCAGCGAGUAUCCUGUUUUGCUGGUGGCCGCAGCCGCAACUUUCUCAGGUCGACAGCUGUUAUUGGACGGUUCCAAGGCAGCUUUCGAUCUGAGAAUCUUUUUAGCACACCACGAGGAGGUCCAGAGGUGCAUAAAAAACCGAUGCGCUGGGAUUUUUCAAGUCACCAAGAUGGAUUGGAUCCGCAAUCGAGUAUCCUUUGCAGGCAUGGACUCACUAAGAGACCUAGAAGUUCACCCUAUUCACCGCUCUGUCUUUGACUUUUUCGUGGAUACGGAAGAAGGCCUGAAGAUCCGGGACUUCGAUACCUGCUCCCAUGAUCAGACAGUCACCGACAUCCUGGAGGGAUUUUUGUAUCUCAAAUACUUCAGGCUAGUGCGAGAUUCGACGCCACUCGAAAAAGCCGUUAGGAUUAUCAGCCAGCAUACUCACAUUCCUAGAGACUUGCUGGGAAAGUAUGCACGCCUCCUCGAGCCCUUGAGCCCCCCAAAGCCUGAUUUCUCCGCCCAUUUAUUGUCAUGGGUACUCUUUCGGCGCCACAUGAACGAUUACCCCGAAGAUGAGCAGAGUGACAGCCAGCAUGUCCAACAGUGCGUUCAAAAUUGUAUCCAACAAUGCAAACAGCCAAAAGCGCUAGCUUCUUGGAUUUCUCGAGAAACUAUAGGUCACCAGGACAAAGAUUUGCGCGACAUGCUUCAGGGGCAAGGAGCCGACAUUUGGGCAAGGGGGGUAGCUGGCUGCAACAGCGAAUUAUGGCGCGAGCGCAGGGGGGAAUUCUCGAAGGACGUGGUGAUAUACGCAUCCGCCGGCGCUCUAGAGCUCUUCAAUAUCUGGACAUACGGGCUGCCCGACAAGUCGGAGGACAAGUUUGAGCCUCUCACUUUUACAACCGUCGACUUCGAGCCUGGAGAGUGCAUCCCAUUCGAAUUCAGCUACACCGAGACAUGGAGCUACCUAGAGGGACGGGGCGGUCCGUUGCUCAAUGAAGUCGAGGUCUGUGUGGACAUCACGUUGAAACUUAAUCUGGCUUUCCUGGCAAAACUGCUCAAGCCUUGGGGUUUUCUGUCAGAGAGCUUCCUGUCCAAGGCCUCUUCGGUUCCGUCAAGUGUCAGCCUCCUGCUAGUGGAGUACAAUACUGGUUACAAUGAAGACAGGGUGUUUCUCGCGCCGUCAGACGAACACAUAUCAGAUCUGCUUGCAGAGGAGAUCAUGCGCACGCCGAUGCCCUCGCGCCACGAUGGUCCUAGCACGGGUCCUAAGGCGAUAAGGGACAGCACACUUGGAACGCGAAAGCUCAUUCGUGACUUCUUCCAGAGGUCCAAUGACCAGUUUGAAUAUAUUGCUGGACCGAGACAGCACUGGUUGGCGAGGCAUGAUUGUGGAUAUAGAAUGGUCAAAGAUCUUGAACCGUGGGAGAGGGAUGAGUUGGGCAUGUGUUUUGAAGGACAUUUUGGCCUACUGUAAGAUUUAUACCUACGGUGUUGAAACCUAGGAUUGGCUACCUGACUUGGUUGCGUAGGUAGGUAUGCAACUCGUGUAUAGAUAGUCACGUAGAUCCCACACUCCAUUCAACAAAAUCGGAUCAACGGUGUUUACAUUAAUAUAAAAACUUUAGGACC